AUGGGUCAACCAGAAACAGAAGCCGCGGUGACGGGGAUUUCUCGGCCUCAACGAGAAGAGAAAGACAUGCACGCCGACAACGAGACUCAAACACAUCUCGAUGAGCUUGGGUUGGGAUACCCAGAAGUGACAUGGUACAAACACGCCGGACUACGCAGGCUCUACCUCAUGAUGCCCAUCUUGUUUCUCGGAUCCACCAUCAACGGGUACGAUGGCUCGUUGCUGAAUGGGCUUCAAACAAUGGUGCCCUGGCAAGACUACUUUGGCCACCCUUCCGGUUCCACGCUUGGGCUCUUCACUGCGAUUCAGAACAUUGGUUCUGUGGGAGCUCUUUUCUUCUCUUCCUAUUGCGCCGAUCUGUUUGGUAGAAGGAUCGGUGUCGAGAUUGGACUGGUCAUCUUGUUUGUUGGGACGAUUAUCCAAGUUGCUGGAAACGUCACUCGCGGCAUGUACAUCGGCGGCCGGUUCCUCGUUGGCUUUGGGUCCAACAUCUCACAAGGAUCCGCACCCCUCCUAAUCAUCGAACUAGCCCACCCCCAACACCGAGGCACCGUGACAACAAUGUACAACACCCUCUGGUAUCUCGGGUCCAUAAUCGCAGCAUGGACCGUCUUCGGCACAAUUCAAUACACCACCGACGCGGCAUGGAAGAUCCCCGUGGCCUUGCAAGCCUUGAUGCCCGUGAUCCAAUUUGUCGGUAUCUGGCUUUUGCCCGAAUCGCCUCGAUGGCUUUGUUCCAAGAACCGAGAGGACGAAGCAUUUGAUAUUCUAGUAAAGUAUCACGCCAACGGCGACCGCAACGACCGCUUCGUCCAAGCCGAGUUCGCCGAAAUCGAACAAACCAUCCGGCUCGAAAAGCAAAACAGCAACAACGACUGGGCCGUGUUCCUGCGCACCCGCGGCAAUCGGAAACGAUUGUUGUUGAUCGCAUUGACAUCUUUCUUCUCCCAGUGUUCCGGUAACGGGUUGGUGUCGUACUACUUGCACGACAUUUUACAGUCUGUGGGAAUCACGACUUCGCACGACCAAUCGGUCAUUAACGGCGGGUUGCAAAUCUGGUCCUUUUUGGUCGCUGUGGGGUUUUCCGCCUUGUUGGUUGACAAAUUUGGCCGGAAGAAAUUGUUCAUGAUUGCGGGUGUGGGCAUGUUGGUUACUUUUAGUAUUUGGACUGGAUGUUCCGCUGUCUACGCUCAAACGGGAAACAAAGGAGCCGGCGGCGCCGUGAUCGCCAUGAUAUUCCUGUUUUAUGGCGUCGCAGGCUUCGCAUGGCCAGGGUUGACGGUGGCUUAUUGUGCGGAAAUCCUGCCGUACAACAUCCGUGCCAAGGGCCUGGCUAUUGGGUUUGGGUUGACUGCUUCGGCGUCCGUGUUCAAUCAGUAUGUGAAUCCGAUUGGGCUGAAACAUCUGGAGUGGAAGUUUUAUUUUGUGUAUAUUGCCAUUUUGGUCAUUGAGUGUUUGUGUAUUUGGUUCUUGUUUGUCGAGACAAAGGGUCCAUCCCUGGAAGAGAUUGCUCGGUUGUUUGAUGGUGAUGAGGCCAAUAUCGGUGGGUUGGAGACUAUGGAUGAGGAGGAACGUAUGGCUGUCAAGUCGGGGAAGGCGGCUGUUCAUGAGGAGAUGGCGUGA